UGACAAUUCCAGGUUGUUCAGAUUUUUGUCCGCGAACAUGUGAAUUGACAUUUCCGUAUUUACAUUGCACAUCCUAUGGUCUGUUUUUUAUAUCCAUUUAAUUAUCUCUAUCGAGGUUUUCUGGCUCAAAAACCAAGUUCAAAAAUUAUAACGCGUUUGAACAAACUUUGGCACGUUUACGACCGGGAAUUCGACAUUUAUGAGCAUAUAGCAGAUCUGUAUAAAAUUCUAAUAAGCUGUAUGCUUGAAUUAUCUAGCCAUGGCCCUGAAGACCGACUUAAAUCCCAAUGAAAUCUACGACUCCUCUGGAAUUAUAAAGAGCGGCCAAGUGAUGUUGUACGACCGAUCUUUGAUGUUCUAUUCUCGGGACAUCUCUCAGGAUGAAUGCUCCAUAGUACUAAAUCCUGCCCAACAUCAAAACCUGGAUCUUCCUGAAAUUGUGCUGGAUGGCGACUAUUUCCAAUUCGACAGCGUACCCAGUAUGCGACCUAAUCAUCAGUCCGGCCAAGAUCUGACUGUGCUGGAGAUCCUUUACAACAACGACCAAGUUCCUGAUCAACCCGAGUUCGUAGACGUUGAUCAGUUGACAGAUUUAGAUACACUCGAACCUGCUACUGCUACUUCAACAAUUUCGUCUGCCAUACAUGAAGAAAACGAAAAGAUGAUGAUGACGACGUAAUAUUCGUCAAGGAAUACAAACACAAUGAAAUCAUAAAGGAAGAAACUGGCCGACAAGUUGAAUUUGGAAGCUCGUACAGUAGAUCAAAUCAGGUGAAUCUUCCAAAAGUGAGAAGAAACCCUGUGAGAACAACGAGGAACAAAUCGAGGGACUUUUCUAUGGAAGUUUUAUAUGAGGAAGAUUUUGCUUUCCUGGACUCCACUGAUGAUGAAGAUGACUUCAAAGAAAAUAAGGUAUUGAGAUCCCCAUGCAUAGGAUCCUUAUCUUGGACAUCCUGUAUAUAUAGAGAGAGUUUCGUAUUUUUUACUUACAACAAGACGAAGUGCAUUAUCGUGUACCAGCACCUACAUAUACUUAUGGCAUGCUUUUGUUUUAGCCAUCUAAGAAAAAUUGCGAACUUAGAAUUGCCGAAAGAAUGGCCCAUUGAUGUUCACGAACGUCCAGAGUACAAUUACAAAACCCAACAAAUCGAAUCCUUUGACUUUACAAUUCGAGAGAUUCAGAAAAAGGUCCCUCCUAAGAAACCCAGAUUAGAAACUGUACCAAUCCGAAGAAAAUCCAACAAAAAAUACCUCUCCAGAAAAAAGAAACCUAAAGCUGUAGUAGAAAAGAAGACUCCUUUGAAAGAUCUCCAGCCUUUGGUGAAGAGCACGAACGCGCUGUUGAGAGAUUUUUUCAGAUCUCUUAGAGAUGAUAGGCAUUUGAUAAAAAGAGACAAGAAUAAUCUUCAUGAGCGCGUGCAAAUAUUGAGAAACCAGGCUAUGUUGUCUUCGCUUGUUAAUGGCGAUCAAGUAGAUGAAGCUUUGAAAAAUCUAGACCGUUGCUUCAAGGAAUAGAUAAACUAAUAUUACUGUCCAAAAUGUAGUUUUUAUAUAAAAGUAUGUUACAUUUCAUAAAGAAUCCAUUGAAAAUUGAUUUAUUUAAAAUGAAGUGUUGUACUGCUGGCUUAAAUUGUUAUAAAUUAAUCUUCCAAUAAAUGAUUCGAUAAUGACACUAAA